UGCCACUCAAACUCAAGAUUCUGUGGAACUUGUUCCCCUUCUUCUUCUUCAAACCAUACAACACAAAACCUGGCGUGAAAUCCACGCUCACUUCUUCUUCUUCACACCGCCACUAAGCUCAAAUUCUCAUGCCAUUCUCUCUUCACACCGCCACUAAUAAUCCCCACCCCACAUCAUGGAACCUUCUCAAACAACCCAUACCCACUAAUCAAAAUUUGAUUCUGAGAAGAGUUUUAGCAUUUUCUUCUCUCAGAACCUCACUUGACUGUGUAUCUGAUGGAGGGUCUGAGAAUGGUUCACGACAACCCACUUCGCCCAUUCGGCUUCCCUUUGUGGUUAAGACCCCAAACAAGGUCUCUAAGUUCUUCUGGAAUGGGAGCUGCUUGCAGUUGGUCACUGUUGACGGUGGUGGCGCUUCGUCUUCUGAUGUGGCUGCUUUUGAUGAUAGAUGGUUCAGGAUGUGUGGUUCUGUUGUCAGGGACUUCUUCAUUCCGAGGCAGGUUAAGGCGAAUUAUAUUGAUUAUGUCAAGUGGAAGCUCUUGCAUCGUGUUUUCAGCUCUGCACUUCAAGUUCUUGCCACUCAGGCAAUGUUUACGGCCAUAGGAGUUGGAUACUCCAGUUCUCUUCCAUCAGCUGCUGCCCUUAACUGGGUCUUAAAAGACGGUCUUGGACGACUCAGCAGAUGCAUAUACACUGCUAGUCUAGCGUCUGCUUUUGAUACAAGCUUAAAGAGGGUCAGGUUCUGCACAGCUGUUCUUUUUGUUGCUAGCAUUGGACUUGAGUUACUUACUCCUGCAUUUCCUCGAUGCUUCCUGCUGCUUGCAACUAUUGCUAAUAUUGCUAAACAAAUAAGCUUGGCAUGUUACAUAGCAACUCGGUCAGCUGUACAUCAAAGUUUUGCAAUAGCAGACAACCUUGGUGAAAUUGGUGCUAAGGCACAGAUUCAAACAGUGUGCUUUGACAUCCUUGGUCUUAUGCUUGCUGCACUUGUUAAUCAGUUAACUGAGAACCAUCGAAGACAACAAGCAGGUCUCCAUUUCUUUAUUUAUCCAUUUUUUGCUGCUAUGGACCUUUUUGGGAUUUAUCAAGGACUAAAGCACGUCCAUCUGCAAACCUUGACUAAGGAUAGGCUUGAAAUUAUUCUGAACACAUGGAUUGAGUGUGGAUAUGUGCCAUCCCCUGCAGAGGUGAGCGAGAAAGAAGGAGUUAACUUUCUGGGAGUUAAAGGUAAAAGUUUGUGGCCAGUUAGAAUAGGGUGCAUAAAUCCCAAGGACCAAAUACCCAAGUGGUCAAUGAAGACAGUACAGGGCAUAACUGAUGAGGAUUAUUACUUUGUAUGCAUUGAGAUCUUCAAAGGAUUGAAAAGAACUGGGAAGCAUCGCAUCCUUCUUUCCAUACGUGAAGGGGCUGAAGCUGUACAUAUAGUUAUGGGUUUGUUGCAGUCUUGCUACAUCAGAAGAGCUCUUAUGAACAAUAAUAGGUGGAAGAUUAGUGUAGAGGAUAACAAUGCAUCAAACUCAGCACUUGAGGAUUGGCAUGUAAUUGUUGAGGAUUGCAAGAGGUUUGCAGAAAGGGAUAUGUCUAAUUUGAUUGAACAAAUGCUGGGAGUGGGGUGGGUGGUGAAGAGCAUUUUAUUGUCAAAACAAGAGCAGGCUCGAUACAGUUUUGUGUCCGAUUAACUAAACAUGGUUUUCAACAUUUGGUUGGCUUUUUAAUGCCACGGGAGUGUUUGGGGAUUACCAUUCAUUUUAAAACAGUAAACUCUAAGGAUCUAGUUAGUAUACACAGUUACAUAUGUCCAUCAUAUUUCAUUAUCUUGAAACAAGAUAGUGAAAUCUAAUGGGAUGUCCGUGUAAUUUUUAUUUGUACAUUAAAUUGUAAUUUAAUAAUGAUUUGAUAAAA